AUGUCAGACUCGGCCAUGGACACCAGCUCUGAGAUCACCACCAAGGACUUGAAGGAGAAGAAGGAAGUUGUGGAGGAGGCAGAGAAUGGAAGAGACGCACCUGCCAAUGGCAAUGCUCAGAAUGAGGAAAAUGGGGAGCAGGAGGCCGACAAUGAGGUAGAUGAAGAAGAGGAAGAAGGUGGGGAGGAAGAGGAGGAGGAGGAAGAAGGUGACGGUGAGGAAGAGGAUGGAGAUGAAGAUGAGGAAGCUGAGGCUCCUACGGGCAGCAGGUAGCUGAAGACGAUGAGGAUGAUGAUGUUGACACCAAGAAGCAGAAGACUAACGAG